AUGGAAGACCCAUCACACCUCCCGGAGGAGGAACGAGCUCAGAGUCAGGAUCAGGAUCUGACUCCAGCUACCGAACCUCGGUUGACAUCACAGAUACCUGGGGCGUACUCGACGACGGAGGGGACUCACCCAUACACAGCCUCCUCCAUGUCUCUACAAUCAGAAGAGACGAGUCAGGAAGCGAAGAAGAGGGGUCUGUGGAAUCAAGCGAGGGAGGUUAUCUCAACCUUUGGGACGAAGAAGGAAGGAGGCUCCAAAGCUUCCUCGAGAACGACGGCGGCCCGGAAGAAGAACCUGACCGUGAUCCCAGAGACGAGUGGGCCAGAAGGGAAGUCGAAGGAGGAAUCCCCAGCGACGACCUUGAACAAGAUGAUGGAGAGCUUGGUCUUGGGGCCUCCGCCGCAACUACCACCCGUCCAAUUGAGCCCAGGACCUCUGGAUCAAGAGUGGUGGCGAAUAGCUGGCCAACGGACAGAGGGAUCCCAAUCACCUGGCACCCAGCCACCUCCUGGGUCUUCGCAAGGGAAGAAGCUCCUGUGGCCAGAGUACCAACCCUGGGGCCCUCGACAGAGCCCACCCAAGAGGAACCUGCCCGAACCUCCCUCUCCGAUGAAGAGAAUCAGCAGAUCUGAGACGAGAUCGAGGAACAUAACCCCGAUCGAGCUGAGCCAGAUACUCGCUCCGACCAACUCCCCAUCAUCACCGCUUUCACCCCGGGCGUCCCGCCAAGAGCGUUCCAACUCCCCGUCCCCCAGUACCAGCGACCAUGGCCACUUCUCUACCACACGCUCGUCGAGUCCCUCCAGCUCACAAGAACUGCCUGGCUCGCCCCAGACGUACAGGCCCGAAUGGACAGAGCAAGAGAGAACGACGCACAAAUCUGAAGUGCCGAAAUCGCCAAUCUCCAGGGGCUAUACCCCAGUGGAAACUGGGACCUCCCCCUUGAACCAGACGCCACCAGCGAUGAAAUCGCCUGAAGAAUCGGGACCAUCACCCUCCGAUACACCGGAGCUGUAUGACGAGCUGGAGCGGACCUUGAGGAGCAACGACAAGCCUGGUAUAACUACCAGAGCGAGCUCUACGACAAGGAGUCCGACCUCUACCGUGCCGGCUACCGGCCGACAAAUACGCCCCCUGAGUCAUGCAAUCAGGGCGACCAUCCUCGUGGAGGUCUGUCGGGUAGUCACUAGAGAAGUGACACUUGCCGUCUCCCAAGAAGCUAUCCCCAUCGAAACCUCCAUCCUGGAGGAUAGAUGUGAGGACACACCACCCCCAUCCUACAGCAGAUCCAGUGAGGACUUCCCCAUCCGCUUCAUCAUCCUCUCCAACAACUCUGACAUGGGAGGAUGGACCACAUCAGAAAGCUCAGUCACUGUAGUCAAGGAAGAGCCAAGACCAGGCAAGCAUGAAAGGAAAUGGGCGAGCGUGUUUUCACUCCCAUUACUAAAGAGGAAGAAGGGCAAGGGCAAGGAAGUAGCCCCUCCCCCACCUCAACAGAGAACUCAGCUACCCUCCCUGGAUAUGAUUCCGAUGGCAACCGCCUCUAUCAAAGAGGACUUAGAUAUCAUCUGGGAGAGGGAAGAGAGGCUGAAGAUGGAGCUGGAAGCAGUAGCGAUGAGGAAGGAGGAGCUUCAGAGGAGGAGCACCCUGGCAAAGGCUGGUACGUGGGCCUACCCCGAGGGUUACCCAGACCCCUCAGUAACUGGUCCCCUCCCCAACUCGACUCCAGGGGAGGAACAUGGCACUGGCACUAUUAAGCCAGGGACCGAACCCCAACCCUCUCCGAGCUCAGGUCAUACUUUGUGCCCAGCAGAAGAACUGACACUCCCAUCCUCGUCAACAACAGAGCAGAGGCAGUUACCACCAAGCUCGAUGAGUGCAGACCCACCUACAAUGCCGAUGCCAGCUGUGAUGUAUGCCACCAAAUACAAGACUUCACAGAUGCCCAGCUCAUGGCAGAAGGGAUUGAACCCCCCUCCUCCAUCAUCCCCUACGUCAUCUAUCCACUCACAGCAGAGCACCUGCUCACAGCCCCAGUCCCAUUCGUGGCCCCAUGGGUCUGGGAUCGACCCCGAAGACCGGACUUCAAAAGGGUCAUCAAAAGGGUCCAGGAGUGGGCCAGAAUCAUCUGAAACUGGAAUCAGAUCGUCACCGGAAGCAUGGAGCCUUUUGAAUGAGUCCGACCCAUCAGACUUUGAAGAAGAAGAAACCUUCAGGAAGCCUGGCAAUGUGCUGCCUUCAAUCUGGAGUGGCAACACUGGGCAGGAGAGUAUGGCAAGGAUGAUGUACUCCCAGAAUUUGUGGAAGGAUCUAGCUUGGGAGCCUACUGAAGCCGAGCUAGAGAUCAUAACAUACCUAGAGAUGUUAUGA